AUGGCGAACCAGCCCGGGGCCUACAUCAUCUCUUUGCUUAAAAAUAUACUCAGGACGCAUGAAAUACGAUUACCAUCUGAUUGUGAAUUGAGCCAUGACUGCAUCGACUUGUGCAGAAAGUUGCUGCGGCUCAAUUCAGUGGAGCGGCUUACAGUUGAAGAAUUUGUGCACCACCCAUUUCUUUCUGAACAUGCUCCAGAGAGGACCUUGAGCCGGACAUUAUCUGAAAUAAGAGAUGGCUUUCCAAUAAAUAAUAUCAGUCCAACAAGGCCUUCAAGCCAAAGUUCACAAGAAGAUUGUAUGCCUUUUCCUUUGGAUGAUGAGUCAAGUGGACAGGAGGAGGGUCCAAUUCCUGACAGUAAGAGUCCGAUGAAAUCUUAUGGGUUUCCCACAGGUAAAAGAUUGGAUAAAACUUCAGGCCAGAGUCCAUCAAAACAUACCAGUCUGUUCUCCAGGUAUGUCUUGGGAAAUAAUCAUGCACCUAGUAACCAACACCAUGGCCAUACUGAUAAAAUGACCAAGGAAAGCAAGAUUCAUGAAGUGCAAGGUCCAAAAGGUGUUUAUCCAGAAGGGAUCUGCGGAUAUAAGUGAUGCCAUGGAUGAGCCCCCAU